AUGUCGACAAUUACAGAAACUGCGAUGCAAAGCUCCAGGCCGCCCAUCAUCCCCAAGGACUUCUGCGCCAAGCAACCCGAGACGAUUCGCCUGUAUCCUCUUUCGAAUUACACCUUUGGCACCAAGGAGACCCAACCUGAGGAAGACCCGUCCGUCCUGGCCCGUCUAAAGCGUCUGGAAGAACACUACGAGAAGUAUGGCAUGCGACGGACCUGUGAAGGCGUGCUUGUCUGCCACGAACACAAUCACCCGCACGUUCUGAUGUUGCAGAUCGCCAACGCUUUCUUCAAACUACCGGGUGACUAUCUCCGCCCUGACGAUGACGAAAUCGAAGGCUUCAAGGCACGUCUGAACGAGCGCCUUGCUCCUGUUGGAUCGCAAUUCUCCGGUGAGGGCGUCAAUGAGGACUGGGAAAUCGGCGACACGCUUGCGCAGUGGUGGCGGCCCAAUUUCGAGACUUUCAUGUAUCCUUUCCUACCGGGACACGUCACGAGGCCGAAGGAGUGCAAGAAACUAUACUUUAUUCAGCUUCCGAAGAAGAAGGUUCUCUCCGUGCCCAAAAACAUGAAGCUCCUCGCAGUUCCCCUCUUCGAACUUUACGACAACACAGCCCGAUACGGCCCUCAGCUCUCGGCGAUUCCUCACCUCUUGUCCCGAUACAACUUUGAGUUCGUUGACGAGAACGACAAUGUUGUCGCGGUGACACCAGGCACUCCGUGCCCAGGGAUCGACGCGCUACGGACAAAGGUGCUCACCGGUGGAGGGGAAACUGCUGGAGAAGGGCAGGAUACUGGAAUGGAGGAUUACAAAGAGGGCGCAGGCGAAAAUGGCAGCCAGGCUUGA